AUGGAUAUAGUCAUUUGGAGUGCAGCAAGUGAGCUUGAAAGCUUGGGGAAAAUGGCUAACUCAAAGCAAGUUCUAGUUUGCAUGAUUCUGCUGGUGAUUUUAUUUGUCAAGUUUGAAAGUCGUUCACUUGAGGCAUUUAUGGUGAAGAAGAAGACACCAACCAAAGGUUUUGCACAGGAAUUGAUUCAAAAAUCACAACUUAUGAAGACAACUUUUGCAAAAAUAGAGACUUUUUCAAAUCCUACUGUCUCCAAAAGACUAAGCCCUGGAGGACCUGAUCCCAAACAUCAUUGA